AUGCCGCCGGAAGUCGCCCAUUUGAACUUGCAACUCUUGCAAACUAUUCAAACCAUGAAGCAAGAGGGUUUGGCGGAUGACUGUUUUAGUUCUAUCUAUUUAUUGAAAGAGAAAAUCGAAGAUCAUUUUUUCCUUGAAGUGAUUCCAGCAUUUUGCUCUGAUACCCGGGACGUCCUUAAAAGCUUGGCAGAAAUGAUGAUAAAACAAGAUGAUAAUUGGGAUUAUGAUCAGAUGCUGGAGUACGUUUAUAAAAUUAAAGGCGCUGCCGUAAGCUUAUUAGGUCGUACUUCUCGCAUGGCCGAAGCAUGUUCUGCCUUUGAACGCGCUAUUAUUAAUAUGCCCUCUAAAGAAGAGUGUUCGAAGGCACUGCAUCAAGCUCAACGUGAAUACGAAGCUGUCGAAGCAAAGCUCCACAUUUGCCUUACGCUUGAAAGAGGAAUAGUUCUCUUAUCUUCGAUGCACAAGCCCUGA